UGGGGUGUCAGCUUCACGCAGCUGAAGAAAAUCCAUUAUUCAAAGAUGCUACAGCAGAAAAUAGUUAUUUUUCAAACAUGAGUGCUUCAGUAGCUGCUUAACGUAAAAAGUGUUUUGUAUAGAACUGACUGAGGUUUUAUCACUGAAGUAAACACCAUAUAGAUCAGUAAAACCACCUGGAAACUGUUGCAUAUGAUGUUCAGGAGCUGCUAAAAGAGGCUCUGCUGAAGUUUGCAGAUAUAAAAAAAGUAUUUAAUCACUUUAGACUUCAAUGUCAAUAAUGUACCAGCAGAUUAAUUUUAAUUAAGCAUGCAGCUAUGAUACCUGUGGCUACAAAACGCUUUGUAGAAAUACAAUCCAGUUUUUUAAAGCAUGGAUGGUGAGCCUGCAGACCACUGAAGCCCCUGAUGAACAGCUACUGAUGGAGAAACGCAUCUGGACACAGCAGCCACCAUCCCGCAAACAGCUUACAAGAGUCUUUUUAAACUAUGACCUCCAGAUGCUACAUGUGGUGGGGAAUUAAACUCCUGCAUCCCGGCAGAACGGACGAAGAUCGGGACGCCUCUCCGAACGAGCUCCGGAGCGAAUCAGACCAACUAACUAACUGAGAGGAGAUGACAGCUGGAGCUCUAUACGGAGAACUUUAGCAGCCUAGUUGACGGUCAACUACUUCCGGGGGGUUUCUAAGGCUACAGAGCUAUGUGGAGCACGUGACAGCCGACGCGUUGAUCUUCUGUUGGAUGUUCUCUCGAGAGAAUUCGCUUACCAAUCAUGUCUAAUACGCACGCGUCUUGUGACGUAACGGAAUGUGACGCAUCAUAGGCACUCUACGUUAAAUAUCUUUUCAUUCUGAGUAAACAUCACUUCAAGAAGAGUAGGAAAUCAGAUCGUCCGUUUUUGAGUUUUCGGUCCAAAAAAGCUUUUAAAAAUGUCUCGGUCCAAUAAGCAAAUGAAGAGAAAUAUCUCCAUCUCAAUUGACAACGUGGAGGACAUAAUACUACCUCGUUUGAACACUUUAUCACCGGCACAGUGGACCUUGCUGUCCCAAGGUCUGAAGGAUUCACAUAUUACAGGCGUUCUGGCUGACAUACUUAGCGAAAUUUUUCAGCAAUGUGUGGAAAAUUCAUUGAAAAUCGUGGUUCCAAUGAUUGAAGAGAAUAUGGAGGCCUGUGCAAAGACUGAAAUCCCAGAUGAAAACAUCAGUGUGAAUUUAAACAGUUUGAUUACAGCAGAAAUGGCCACCGCUCUCCAGGUUUCACCAGAAAUUUGUCACAGUGGGGAGGAGUUAAACUCAUUGAUGGAAGAGGAGGUCUCUCAAAAAGUAACUUCUAUUGCAAAUGUGAUCAUAAGGACCCCCGUUUAUCCUGUGGAACCUGCCGUGUAUGUGAGUGCCCGCUUUUCCAGCCUAAUAAAUCUCAACAGAAUGGUUUCCAACGCAGUUGAAUUUCUCCGAAAACAUCUUAACAGAGCCAGAUCAAGUUGUGCUGACAGAUACUGGAGCAGAUUCGUGAAAAAGCGGGCCUCAAGUGUGCCUCCACCAAAACCAGAGACUGCAUUUGAACUUCCACCGAAAAGCGUUUCUUCAGUCGUAAAACAUCCCUCUUUUCUGGCUUUAGUUGGUGAGGGAAUUACAAAAAUAAUAGAGAAACAUUCACAUGAUUCAUACGAUGCCAAAAAAGCAGACGAUGUUACAGAAUUUUGCCCAGCAGUUCAAGUGGCAGAAGCAAUUAGCCAAACUAUCAUUGAGGACCUUCAUUUCUGCAAAUCCGAAGGUUCAGUUAGACAGAAAUAUGAGAAAAGUUCAUGCGCGCCACAUUUUAACUUGAAAAAAAUUGUUGGUGAUAUCAGAAGCCUAUUUUCAUCAAAGCUCAAACCCGCUCCAGCUGGAAGACAACAAAUAACCAGCAAACCAGAAUUUUCCAGCUUUGUCAAGCAGCGGUUUUCCAGUAUGGUGUCUUCGUUGAAGAAAUCAUUGGAUUCAAGCGACACAAAGGUGGUCAAAUUGAAACAUGACCCAGGUAGAUCAAGCAGACUUGUGUGCCUCAUGUGUCCUGGAUGUGUCCCUGAAGUUUCAUCAGAUGAGGAAAGCCCAAAACAUCGAGACUACACAGAGACAGACCACAUUCCUAAACUGGAUUUUCAGUCUAUCAAACCUCAGAUUGAUAGCCUGUGUGCAGAAUCUACAGAAAACACAUUUCUAAAUGACAAGAUCAAACAGUUUGCAAAGGAACUGACAGAUACAUUAUAUGUUAAUAUCAUGAGGAGCCAUUAUUAUCAAAUUCCUGUUCCUCCAGAAGGAAAAUGUCUUUCAGACUCUGUCCUCUCUAGCAAGAAAAUAAGGGACGCUUCCGGCCAAAUACAAGUUUGCCCUGAAGUCUUCUAUGCCAGAGCAGAAGACGAGGUAAGGACAUUUCUCCAAAGAAUCUUUCUCUGGAUAAAAAAUGAGGAAACUUAUCAGAUAAGUGAAGAGGAUAAAGUUUCCAGUGUGCUCUCAGAAAUCAACGAUCUGGUUAAACAAAUAUGUGUCACAUCGACCCAAAUAAUGUCUCCAGAGCCCUGUGAGCCACAAAAUGAAAAGGACAGUAAACCAAAUAUUUCAAGGGAAUUUGCAGACAAGUCUAAAUCUGAUGAAGCAGACCAGUCUAAAUAUGAUGAAGCAGACAAGUCUAAAUCUGAUGAAGCAGACCAAGUCUCUUUAACGUCUGACAUUGAGUCCUGGAUUGUGACACGUGAAAAAUUUCUCAAAAAGAUAUCAACCAGCGAUGGGUUUACAGCAUCAGGGAAUAUUUAUUUCAGUUGUAAUGAUGAAAUUCAAACUAACAUGUCAAAUCAGGAGGCAAUUGAAAGUGACGUGUCUGAGAACACAGAACGAGAGGAAGGUAAUACAUUUUUAGUAAUGAGUGCAGCUUUAAACUGUUCAAAGAAAAAUGGAGGGCCCUUUACGUCCAAAGAGAUGGGAAUGAUCCUGUGUCAUCUGUCAGGAGUGGAUGAUGUAGAAAAAGACUUUACUGUCAAUAUAUACAAUGAAAACACUAAACAAUUUGUUAGAGAAAUCACCAAAGAUCUAAAAAACGAGUUUGGCUCCACUGAAGCAGUGUUGAAGGCUAUGAUGUCAGAAGCUGGCCGUCCUUUUAAGAGGGCUGUAUUGAGAUUUUUAAAAAGUUACUUUAACAUAAAACCCCCGAAAUCUGCAGUUCAAAGGUUCUUUUCAGCAAUCACAAAACUUUUUAGGAAUCUUUUCCGAAAGCAAAGAGUAUCUUCUUCCUCCCUGUAGAUUACAGACCACAAACAUACACAAUCUCUGGCAUCCUUCUGCAAACCAAACCAUUAACAUUUUAGUAAUAGCUAAAAUAACUUUUUAUACGUGUAGAUAUGAUCUGCCAUUUGAUAACAUAGACCAAACAAAUUUCAGGAAUAACUCCUAUUAGCAUAAUAUUUUUCUAGGUCAGGGCAACAAGGGUAAAAAUCCCAGCCUAGCUUUGAUAUUUAAAGUCUCUCCUUUGGGUUUUCGCCAGGUGCUCCGGUUUUUCCUAUUAAAAACCAUUCAUGCAAUCUUAUUGGAAUGUUACCCUGUUAUGGACUGGUUUACAGCUUAAAAGACUACAGGCAGACGUUGUCUUAUUACAAGAGAUUCAUAAAACUGCCACAGCUGCAAAUGAUCUUAAAUCACCUGAGUUUCCUAAUCUGUUUUCCGCCUGCUAUAAUUCUAAGCAAAGGGGAGUAGCAAACUUAAUUCACAAAAAUGUUAACUUUACAGUAUUAGACAAAGUUAGAGAUCCAGAGGGUAAAAUCCCAGCCUACCUUUGAUAUUUAAAGUCUCUCACUUUGGGUUUUCGCCGGGUGCUCCGGUUUUUCCUAUUAAAAACUAUUCAUGUAAUCUUAUUGGAAUGUUACCCUGUUAUGGACUGGUUUACUUCACCACUGCCACAAGAACGGCCGAGGUACUUUAAGGGACAAACACAUCAAAUUCAAAUUAAGAAAUUUGUAACCAAAUCAAUUCAGUACAUUCCAAUAAUUCUCAUUCAUGCUUUCAUCACCUCGAGACUACUGUAAUAGCAUUCUUUAUGGUUCAUCAUCCUAAGUCCUUGAUAAACUCCAAAA